AAUACAGCCAUGCUGCAUGGAAACUCUGUUAGACUCCUCACGGGGAACAGCCACCCCGAGCUCGCCCAAGCAGUGGCCGAGCGACUCAACGUCCUUCUCACACCCUGCACCGUCAAAAACUUCUCGAACGGAGAAAUCAACGUAAAGAUCUCUGAGUCCAUUCGUGACGAGGACGUCUUCAUCAUCCAGUCAGGCUGCAGCGAUGUGAAUGACAACCUCAUGGAGCUGCUCAUCCUCAUCUCCGCCUGCAAGGGUUCCGCCGCCCGCCGUAUCACGGCCGUCAUUCCCUGCUACCCCUACGCCAGGAUGGACAAGAAGGAUAAAUCUAGAGCGCCCAUCACCGCUAAGCUCGUUGCAAACAUGUUGGCUGUAGCCGGCUGCGACCAUGUCAUUACAAUGGACCUUCACGCCAGCCAGAUCCAGGGCUUCUUCGACUUCCCAGUGGACAACCUCUACUCGGAGCCGCUGAUGAUAUCCUACAUCAAGCAAAACAUUCCUGACUGGAAGAAUGGGAUCAUUGUCAGCCCUGACGCUGGCGGCGCGAAGCGCGUCACCGCCAUCGCAGACAAACUCGGCAUUGAGUUUGCUCUCACUCACAGGCAGCGGGCGAACAAGAACCACAAUUCCCAGGAGGAAAGAAUGGACGUUUUGGUUGGCGAUGUGCGCGACAAGGUCGCCAUUCUUGUUGACGACAUGAUUGACUCCGGCAACACUCUGACGCUCGCUACUCGGACGCUGCAAGAACACGGCGCAAAAGAGAUAUAUGCGCUUGUUUCACAUGGCCUCUUGUCCGAGCUGAAUAUGAGUAAGAUCGAGGAGUUGCCCAUCAAGCAACUUGUGGUCACAAACACCAUAGCCCAAAAAUCACAUCAGGAAGGCUGCUCCAAACUGGUCACUAUAGACAUCAGCCCAACAAUCGCGGAGAGCAUCCGCCGAACACACAACGGCGAGAGUAUCAGCCUACUCUUCGGCGACUGGACGGAACCAAACGGUGCAUUCUGAUCUACUGGCACAACUUGUAUCGAUGAAGCUUUGCGUGCGGGCCCACUUGGACGGUUGUCAUGCUCGGGUACUCCUAGAGUUUUCAAUGUUUGCCCUGUACGUGUCACGGUGUACAUUACUUGCAAUCAACAACAACCGCUAUCCUAGAUAUCCUCGCAGCG